GAGGCCGAUUCCGCGCCCGCCAUGGCCGACAAAAUGGACAUGUCUCUGGACGACAUCAUUAAGCUGAACCGGAGCCAGCGAGGCGGCCGCGGCGGGGGUCGGGGCCGCGGCCGGGCUGGCUCGCAGGGAGGCCGCGGCGGCGGAGCACAGGCCGCCGCGCGAGUGAGUCGGGGCGGCGGUCCCAUGCGGAACCGGCCGGCCCUCGCCCGCGGCGCGGCGGGCGGCGGUGGCAGGAACCGACCGGCGCCCUACAGCAGGCCGAAACAACUUCCUGACAAGUGGCAACAUGACCUUUUCGACAGCGGCUUUGGGGGUGGUGCCGGCGUGGAGACCGGUGGGAAACUGCUGGUGUCCAAUCUGGAUUUUGGAGUGUCGGACGCUGACAUACAGGAACUCUUUGCUGAGUUUGGCACUCUGAAGAAAGCGGCCGUGCACUACGACCGCUCCGGACGCAGUCUGGGAACAGCCGACGUGCACUUUGAACGGAAGGCAGACGCCCUGAAAGCUAUGAAACAGUACAACGGCGUCCCUCUGGAUGGCCGCCCCAUGAACAUUCAGCUCGUCACGUCACAGAUUGACACACAGCGGAGACCGAUACAGAGUGUGAACAGAGGCGGGAUGACUAGGAACCGUGGUUCUGGAGGAUUUGGCGGCGGUGGCGCUCGGCGAGGCGCCCGUGGAGGCAGCCGGGGCAGAGGCAGAGGCACGGGCAGGAGUUCAAAGCAGCAGCUUUCCGCAGAGGAGUUGGACGCCCAGCUGGACGCUUAUAAUGCGAGAAUGGACACCAGUUAAACAGACCAGCAAGCCUGUGCACAGGACAGGCUCCAGGCGGCUCGUCCAUGCUCCCUGGCGGGAGGGGCUGGCGGGCUGGGGCUGUGUGGCCAAUGAUGAAGUUUUCUCUUACGUUUUAAAAUAGGAUUUAAAACUCAUGUAAAGGUUUUUUUUUCCCUUUUUUUUUUUUUUUUUUUUAAUUCUGAAACAGACCUGUUUUGUACUGAGUUAUUUUUGGGAUAAAUUUUACUGGUUGCUGUUGUGGAGAAGGUGGCAUUUUCGCCUUCGCCAUAAUAAAGUAGAAGUGUGUGUA